CCUCGCCUCCCGCCCGCGCCGCUAAGAUGGCGACUCCCAUGCACCGCCUCAUCGCGCGGAGACAGGCGGAGGCAAACAAGCAGCAUGUAAGRUGUCAAAAAUGUUUAGAGUUUGGCCACUGGACGUAUGAAUGUACAGGGAAGAGGAAAUACCUGCACAGACCUUCGAGGACAGCUCAAUUAGCGAAAGCUCUUAAAGAGAAAGAAAAGCAACUAUUGCUGCAACAAAGCACUGGAGAAAGUACUGCAGAAAGAAAAACCAACAAAAAAAGAUCUAAAAGUGUGACAAGUUCCAGCAGCAGCAGCAGUGCCAGUUCAGCUAGUGAUUCUUCAUCUGACAGUGAAGAUUCCUCUACCUCCUCUUCUGAUGAAGACAGCGACAGUGAUGAGAGCUCCUCCACUGCCUCCUCUUCUUCCUCUUCAAGUAGUACUUCCUCUUCGUCAGAGUUCGAAUCAGAUUCUAGUUCCUCCAGCAGUAGCAGCAGCAGCACAGACAGUAGCUCUGAUGAUGAGCCACCAAAGAAGAAGAAAAAGAAGUAGUUGGGUAAAGUGUAGAACUGAUAUUGGUGAACGAAAACAUUCUUCAAAGGUGUUUUGAACACGUUAUUGCCAAAUGGUUUAACUGAUCAACAUUUCUACGGCUAAAACUUUGUAAGUGUUUUGCAUAGUUGUUCAUAUGACARAAAAGGUAUUAAAUGGCAUAUGAGACUUACUGAAAGAGUAUUUUUGUGGUUAAUCCUUUUAUGGAAAAUUUUACUUUUUUAGUUAAAAAUCUAUCAUCAGAUUUGUUUAUAUGAGCUAAGAUCCAGUAACCCCAAUGUUUACAUGAUGGAAAGCAAAAGCUUUUUGUUGCAGAUCAUGCUGUGCAUCAUAUACUAUUAUUCUGUUUUGGCAGCUUCACUUACAUUUAGAAAAUCCUCUAAACUGUUUAGACGCAAAAGUUUUACGCUGCUGGCUGCAGAGCACUGUCAUUGUUUGUUAAAAUUGAAUGCUCAAUGUUGCACACAAGGGACUUCCAUCUCACUGUUAACAAAUGUAUUGUUUGCUGCUGAGCUGCUUUUUUUUUUUUUCUGAUGGCUUUUCCUGAUGCUUCCAGGUUAAGUCUUAAUCACAAUAUAAAACUUUUAAUAGUGCUCAUUUGUUAACGAUCAAUAUACUACUUGUCCUGUGCAAAGGCUUUAGUCUUUUCAACUUCACCUGUAUCCUUAGCUUGUGUAUUUGUAAUACUCUGAGACAAGGAAAGUCUCUUGCAGCAGCCUCUGUGUGAGAAGGAGGAGCAAUGCACAGUGGAGCAAGUGUGACUGAUGCUGCUUAGGAGUUUCAUCUUUGUGCCUUUUUUGUAAAUUAAAUGUAUCCUAGUGAGAGAAGGGCUUGAGUGGUGUCUUUCAAAACUCCGUUAGCUUUCUGUACAGAAUAUGGUCGAUAAAACUAGAGACAUAGUAGGAACAUGCAAAAACGGGCACUAUUUUCACAGAGAGAGGAGAGAGGGGCUAUUUUCACUGGAUGUCCUGUAAGAAAAGGAGUCGCCUUUAGAGUUCCUGAAGGAAGGUAUUUCUCUUGAUAUUUUUGCAAAAAAAAAGCUGUUGUGUAAUACAAGAUUAUCAAACCAUGAUGUUGGAUACAUGGUGACUGACCUUAUAGUCUGCAGUAUUAUCGGUCUGUUAUUUUUAUGUGGUAAAGUGUGCACGUGUCUGUGAAAAUCUGGCAUGAGAGAGCAAGUUAGUGCAAAAAAAAUCCAAACAUAACUGCGGAACACUUAUUGCUGGUUGCAAAAUGAAACUAAUUUACUCUUGUGGUGGAUUUAAGCAGUUGGCAUUAGUAUUUUAAUUAGUGAUGCAGUCUCCUGAAUUUCUUAGUGUUGGCGUUCCCUUUUUUUGGGAGGGGGCAUCACAUAUGGAAGAAAUCUUAAAUAUCCUGGUUUAUGUAAAAUAUAGUAACUAUUUUUAUAUUUUUAUGGGAAAAAAGUAGCGUGUAGAAUUACUUUUGAAUAAACUGUGCUUAUAUUUAAAUGUUUGAAAAUAUGUACGUUGUAUGUUUUAGUCUGUAAUCAUUACUGUGUCUUACAGAACACUGCAGACUGUAAAUAAAAUUACCAGGAAAUUGU